AUGAGCCAACAGAAUGUAUCAGAACCCGUCAACAGCUGCAAAGUAGUAUAUGCUAGCAGAGUGGCUGAAUCGUUUGUAGGUCAGCUCAAGGAGCUAGUUAAGCGAUUUGAGCCUGUUCCAAUGUUAGUUGGAUUUCUUGCUAAUACAGAUCCCGCUGCUCGCAUGUAUGCUGAGUGGACUGAAAAAACCUGUAAGGAGAUUGGUUUUGCUUUUGAGCUCCGAGAAGUUUCCAAGGACGACUUGGAAGAUGCCAUUGUCGAGGCAAACCUCGAUAAGAAUGUCAAUGGCAUGAUGAUUUAUUUUCCCGUUUUUGGAAACCGCCAGGACCAGUAUUUACAGCAGGUCGUUUCACCUGAAAAGGAUGUAGAAGGUUUGUGCCAUAAGUACGUGAUGAACAUGUACCACAACAUUCGACAUCUAGACGAUGAGAAGACAAGGAAGUCAAUUUUGCCCUGUACACCUUUGGCUAUCGUAAAGAUUUUGGAGUACUUGGGAGUUUACAACAAAAUUAUCAAUUAUGGUAAUCGUCUUUAUGGAAAAACUAUUACUGUCGUGAACCGUAGUGAAAUUGUUGGUCGUCCUCUCGCAGCAUUACUUGCGAAUGAUGGUGCAAAGGUCUACUCCGUUGAUAUCAACAAUGUUCAGCUCUUUACCCGAGGAGCGGGAAUUCGCAGUCGAAAGCACGAUGUCACCGAAACCAGUUUGAAAUUAGAAGAUGUUGCUCCGAUUUCAGACGUUGUUAUAUGCGGUGUUCCUUCCAGCAACUAUAAAUUCCCCUCUUACCUAGUUCGUGAUGGAGCUGUUUGCAUUUGUUUUUCAAGUGAUAAAAACUUUGAUGCUCCGUCUCUUAAAGAACAUGCAGGCAUUUAUGUACCCAGUAUUGGUAAAGUAACUAUCUCCAUGCUCUUACGAAAUCUCAUUCGCCUAACUUCCUACCAACGUAACAAUCCUAUUGAUGUCUGA